AGUUUGGAGAGCGUGUUGACUUGAAUCGAUUCAUAACGUCGAGAUGGAGCCGAACUCACUCAAGUGGGUGGGCUCGUCUUGCGGCUUACACGGACCAUACAUCUUCUAUAAAGCCUUCAGAUUCACCCGGCACUCCAAGGCGCGGAUUUUGUCGCUGGGAGACUUUGUGCUGGUGCGCUGCAAGCCGGAGGAGCCUGUUUGCAUCGCCGAGCUGCAGCUUCUCUGGGAGGAAAGGACGAGCAAGCAACUUUUAUCCAGCUCCAAACUUUAUUUCCUACCGGAGGACACUCCCCAGGGACGGACUGGAUCCCACGGAGAGCACGAGGUCAUCGCCGUGACUGAGAAGGUGAUCGUGCGUCUCCAGGACCUGGUCAAGUGGGCGGUACCGGACUUCUCAGUAUGGGCCCACGGUCUGAAGGCGGAGCCGCUCAAGGGGUCGGUGCUGCGCGAGCUGGGCACCAACGGGCGUCGGGAGGCGUUGCACCGCUACAGAGAGAGCACGCUGACCAGCGGCCUCAACUUCAAAGAUGUUCAGAGGGAGAGGGGGCGCCUCGGCCAGGAAGAAGACGACAGGAAGGUGCUGGUUCUCAGCUACCCGCAGUAUUGCCGCUACCGCUCGAUGGCGGCCCGGCUGAGAGAGCAGCCCACCUCGCUGCUCCUCAACCACACGGUGCUGGCGCUGGGCGGCAUCGCGGUGCUUGGCGGGAACACUCGGAUCUUGUACUGCCGGGACACCUUCGAGCAUCCCACCCUGCUGCGCAACGAGAGCAUCUGCGACCAGUUCGCUCCUAACUUAAAGGGGAGGCCUCGGAAGAAGAAGCUGUCCUUCUCGCAACGGAGGGACUCUCAGGGUCAAGGGUCAUCAGGGACAAACCAGGGGUCGACAACAACAACGGCAGCGGCGGCGGCGCAGGUCGCCAUCAGCCUGGACAGCAAAAGUUCAAAGGCCAAAGCAAGCUGUAAAGCGCUACACAACGGCAAGAUUGGCUCCACCGCCAAACACAGAGCCGGCGGCCUCGGUAAGAAGACGCAGCCCGAGGAGAAGGAGCGAGGGAAGGAGGCGGAGGAGAGGAGAGAGAAGGAGGAGGACAGAGAGGAGGACGAGUUGUCGUCUUCGUCGUUGUCGUCUUCGUCGUUAUCGUCAGAGAGCCGAGAGGACGAACAGGCCUUCCUCGUGGAACUCUACAAGUACAUGAAGGAGAGGGACACGCCCAUCGAGAGAAUCCCCUUCCUGGGCUUCAAACAGAUCAAUCUAUGGACCAUGUUUCAAGCUGCUCAGAAGCUGGGAGGAUAUGAACUGAUCACAGUUCGCAGGCAAUGGAAGCACGUGUACGACGAGUUGGGCGGCAACCCGAGCAGCACCAGCGCCGCCACCUGCACGCGGAGACACUACGAGAGGCUCCUCCUGCCGUACGAGAGGCACCUCAAAGGCGAGCAGGACAAGCCCCUCCCUCCGCUGACCAAACCCCGGAAGCAGGAGGGCGGCCAGGAGAAGACGCCAGGGGCAAAGGCCAAAGGAGUCGGGGCCAAGAAGGUCAAAGGGUCCAAUCAUCUCAAGCAGGCGGCGAGAAAGGAGCGAGCGGAGGCCAUGAAGGGACAGGAAGCGUCACAGGAUGUGAAAGUGGAAGCUGCGAUGAAGCAAGAAGCGCCGCCUCGAGAUGAGCCCAUCGUCAUCGAGGAGGAGGAUGAGGAUCAGGAGCUUCACGUCACCCUGAAGAAAGAGGAGUCCCUGAGAGAGCAGUGUCCCAAAGAGGUGGACUGCAGGACCCCGCUCGCCGCACGGCCCCUCCACGUAGGAAUUCAGCCUGAGUGGCGGCAGAUCAGCGAGGCCCUUCAAGCCAAGACCGAGGGUCAUCUAAUCGCGAAAAACCCCUACCUGCCACACCGUUGGGACCAGGGUAAACCCGCUGGACAUGUUGCGCUGCCUGCGUCCUCUUUGGAGAGUCAUGGAGGACGAGUAGGCAAAGUGUUGCCUAUGUGCAAGCAGGCGGACAGACAGAUAGACUUAAGUUCAGAGUCCUUCCUGGAGAAGGAGGACUAUGGCCUCAUCAGGAAGGAGAGUCUUUCUUACUGCAAAGCCAGCCAAGGCGUCAUGUCUCCUUUGGCUAAAAAGAAGCUCCUCUCCCAAGUGUGCGAGUCCACGUCCUUCUCCUUUGUAUCUUCGCUCCAGCCUCCCCUUUCUACAGCUGUCCCGAUGGCGGACAGAGACACGGACAUGAGGAAGGGUGAGGAGGAAAGUGCAGGCCAGAGGAGGUCCGACGACGUCCUGGAGGUGGCGCCCGUCUUCAGGCCCUCGGUCAUCCAGCAUGCGCAGAGCAGCAAGCCUCCCCAACCAGAGAGGAGCCACCACCUGCUGCCUCACGUCAGUCCUCCAUGGCAGCCAUAUCUCUCUCGGACCCGCGACCAGGAAGCUGUGGAAAAGGCUGGGGAGAAACUCCCCCAAAACCCGGCCACUCAGACUCGCGGCUUCACGGGGGACUGCUACUCGUCCCCUCACCUGCAUAGUCUCUACAGGCAAACAGAGAGCUGCCUGAGUCAGGACAGGAUGAGCGGAUUCCCAAAUGGAGAGCGACGGGAGCACUUCUCCAGGGAACACGAAGGAAGUUUUGUUUGUGGCGGCCUGGAGCAAGAAGGCCUUGUCUACAGAUCUCACUACAACAACGACGCACAGACUCAAGGGGAAAGCAGAGAGGCUGAGGACGAACCUAGAGACUUCACCAUGUCCAAGCCUCUCUCCCAGCGGGUGUCGUCCUUUUCCAAAACUUCUUUCUGCGGCCUCCCCUACUCCAUCAUGCACCAGGGAUUGGACUCCCACCCUAAAGCGUGCCGAGUUCCUCCCAUGACCAUAUCGCCUCCUAAGCAUAGCCCUGCGGAACCAUUGCAACCCUUUUGUAGUCCUAAAUCCUCAUCUGACUCUUCCCUUACUAGCCCUGUUCGACCCAGUAAACGGACCCUCGGGGAGCCAGAAGACGAGGAGGUGCCGGAGAGGAAAGUCCGCGUUGUGACCCCCAUCCACCCAGCGUGCGCCAUCCGACGCAGCGACCCAGAGGACUUGAAGCCGGCCGAGCCGGCCCACGCGAUCCACCUCAACAACCACCUCCCCGAGGGCCACCCCGCCACCGCCUAUCCCCCACACCACGCCGUAUCCCUCUACGCCGGCAUGUACCACCCAGGCAGCCUGGUGUCACCCAGUGCCCAGGACGGGCUUCAGCAGCACCCGGGCCUGCAGUACCUGAAGAGCCAGUCGGCUGUGUCACCCUUGGUGCCCCCCUUAGCUUAUCACUCCAUGAUGCUCCACAGGCAGCUGCUGGCCGCUGGGCCCAGCCCGCACCACUUCUUCAGGCACCCAGGAGGAGCUGCCCUCUACGGGGACCUACUACACCACCUGUACCCUCUGUCCACCCUGCCCCCGCCACAGCUGUCCUCGAUACACCCCAGCACCAGACUGUGAGAACUCAUUGUCCCGCACCUCACUUGUUGGGUGGACGGGGCGAGUGUUGACUGAUUGUAGAACUCAACAGUGAGGCAGACUGAAAAAUUCCAUUUUUUUUCCUCAUUUCUACAUUUGUUUAUAUACUUUGCACUGUUCGGUAUUGUCAUCACCACUCACUGUAUCCUUAGUUGUUGUAUCUUUAUUUGCACAAUUCUGACACAGAUGUGCUCACUAUUCGUUUUGACUCUUGCUCAGCGUCCCGUCGCCCGUGGCGGUCUGGAUAAAACGGACGGCGGCCGUUUGUUUACUGCGUCUCCUGAGGGCUAAACUGUUGUUGCUUGAAACACUACGAAGAACACAACGUGCCGGUCGUAAUGUUGUCGGCAUUUGUUGGGGUUGUGUGUUUACAUGCCUCCACUCCACUUUUCCACUGCACGGUACCGACUCGCCUCGACUCGACUUGCCGCUCGGUUUUUAACACAAGACAGCGGCAAACUGGCAAGACCCAGGUUCAUUCAACGCACCGGUCUGAAAACAAUGUUUUUGUAUGUUCACUUUGGUGUGCAGACAAAUUUUAUCCAAAAGGAGACUGAGGGCAGCCAAGUAGUGGAGACUGUGGUGCACAAUACAGCAACGUCGGUCAAUUAAACCCUGCAUCCCCAAAUGUUAAA